GAAGGGUGAGGCAGGGCACUCCUCAGCAGCAGACCCUCCCUGGAAAGGCUUGUCAGCUAUGUGUGGGCUAGUGAGGAAAGGGGGUGGGGAGGCACUAAGACCCCGUGGCCUCUGAAGAAGGGGCAGAGGAGGAAGCGCGCAGGAAAGGCUGUGGAAGUUCCAUGCUAACUUUUACCUCCUUGUCAAGGAAGGGAGAGGUUAUGAAAUUACACUGGGCGCAGUCACCAGAGCAGAGCCCUGCAACUGACGUCCAGAACAAGACCUCUGGGCAGUAGUGCCGCUCGCGUCAGCCUUCCAGGGUGAGAUGGUCAGAGGCUGGAGGUGCAGCGGGGUUCCUGGCCAAUCAUCGUCAUAUGGAGGGCUGAGCUACAUCAGGGGUUAGUGUGAGUGAGCGAGCCCGCCCGCAUCUGCACGCUGCAAGCCAACCAACCUGACCGCACACCUGGGCAUGCAACAUUGGCAGGGGACAUGGAGCGGAUAAAAGUUCUAGAUCAGCUGCUGCCUGAACUGAAUGUUCUUCUAAAACUUCUAGACCAUGAGUUCCUGAGCUCCACCACUCGAGAGAAGCAAAGUGCAGUGUGCAGCAUCCUGCGCCAACUGCAGCCUCCCCCUGGAGAUGAGCUGGACUUUCAAUAUAUGAACACAGCCACAUAUCACAAUGGCACCAGUUUCGUGGAAUCUCUCUUUGAGGAGUUUGACUGUGACCUGCAGGAUUUGCGAGACAUGCAGGAUGACUACAGAGAAGCUAAUGAGAGCCCAUCAUGUCAGCCGCCACCACCCCCCUCUGCUCCACCACCUCCCUUGCCAACAACCCCCCCACCUGAAGAUUACUACGAGGAGGCCGUUCCACUGGGACCUGGGAAGUCCACAGAGUACAUUACAUCUCGCAAUAGCUCCAGCCCCCCAAAUUCCAUAGAAGAUGGAUAUUACGAAGAAGCCGACAAUAAUUAUCCACUAACUCAUAUAAAUGGGGAACAGAAGAAUUCCUAUAACGAAUCUGACGGUCUGAGUAGCUCGUACGAGUCCUACGACGAGGAGGAUGAGGAAGGUAAAGCCCAGCGCCAGAUGCAUCAGUGGCCUUCACAAGAGGCUUCUCUCCACCUAGUUCGGGACAGCAGGAUCUGUGCUUUUCUCUUGCGCAAGAAACGCUUCGGACAGUGGGCCAAACAGCUCACACUCAUCAAGGAUAACAAACUGCUGUGUUACAAGAGCUCCAAGGACCAGCAUCCUCAUCUGGAAAUACCGUUACAGCUUUGUGGUGUGUCUUAUGUGCCCAAGGAUGGCCGCCGGAAGAAGCACGAGCUGCGUUUCUGCCUCCCCAGUGCAGAGAUGUUGGUUUUGGCUGUACAGAGUCGGGAACAGGCAGAGGAAUGGCUGAGGGUCAUCAAGGAGGCCACCAACACAAGCAGUUUAAAUUCCCCAGCCUCCCCAGCACUGAGACACAAGCUAGAGCUGGACAAGAGACUGUCCCAUGAUAAGACAUCGGACUCGGACAGCGCGGCAAAUGGAGAUAACAGCUCUCCCAGCAGUGGGAAGGAGAACAGAGAGACAGGGAAGUGUCGAAGGAGCGGGCUUGCAGAGCUGAAAGGAACCAUGAGCCGGGCUGCUGGGAAGAAGAUUACUAGAAUUAUCAGCUUCUCUAAAAAGAAACAGGCAGCAGAGGAACAUCAGACAUCAUCCACUGAGGAAGAUGUCCCUUGCUGUGGUUACCUGAAUGUGCUUGUAAAUCAGUGUUGGAAGGAGCGGUGGUGUCGAUUAAAGGGCCACACGCUGUAUUUCCACAAGGACCGUAACGAUCUACGCACUCAUGUAAAUUCCAUCGCGCUGAGAGGCUGUGACGUGUCGCCGGGUCUCGGGCCUCAGCACCCAUUUGCCUUCCGGAUUCUGCGUCAGAAUCAGGAUGUCUCUGUUCUAGAGGCCAGCUCUUCAGAAGAGAUGGGACGGUGGCUGGGUCUCCUUUUGGCUCAGACUGGUUCCAAAACAAAGCCAGAGGCCUUACAUUAUGAUUACAUUGAUGUAGAAACGAUAGCAAACAUUGUCACAGCCGUGCGUCAUUCAUUCCUAUGGGCAACCUCCUCUCAAAGCAGUAGCAGCGACUCGAGGCUUUACGAUGAUGUUGCCUACGAGAAGGUGGAAGACCCCAUACGAACCCCUGGAGGAGCUCAGGUGAAGCGUCACGCUUCCUCCUGCAGUGAGAAGUCACGGCGUGUGGAUCCUGAGGUUAAAGUAAAACGCCAUGCAUCUAAUGCCAACCAGUAUAAAUAUGGCAAAAACAGAGCUGAGGAGGAUGCCCGAAAGUUUAUCGUUGAGAAGGAGAGGCUAGAAAAAGAAAAGGAAGCCAUUCGAAAUAAACUGAUAGCACUAAGGAAGGAGAGACGGGAGCUCAAGGAAACCCUUAAGAGCAGUACAGGUAAGCAACAGCAGCAACUGGAAGCCAAACUUGCUGGGCUAGAAGAACAGUGUAAAGACAAUGAGAAGUGCCGGGUGGAGUUGGAACUGCAGCUGACGGAAGUGAAGGAGAACCUUAAGAAGUCUUUGGCAGGGGCGCCCUCCCUUGGGUUAUCAGUGACUGGGAAGACAGAAAGCCCAGCACCUAAAACCCAGCAAGAAGCUGAACGCCCAGUUCCUGUCAACAGUGCAGCUGAAAUGAGACGUAGAACCCCAUCGAUUAGGACAACGAACAAAGGCAGAGUGCUGCAAAAGGCUAAGGAAUGGGAGAUGAAGAAAGCCUAGAAAGAGUUCCAUCAAGUGCCCUCAGAGAGUGAUGACCUCUUGCAGAUGGCAUCAUGCAGAAAGACUGAGUUUUGGAAACGGGACAAUUAAAUCCAAGGCUCCUAGCUCCAUAGAGGAUGCUCUGAACUCUCAGAAUGAAAUAUAACAAAAUUGAGCUGAACACUGGAUCAAUGGAAUUUUGGCUGUUUUACAGUUCACUGAGGUGUAUAAAAUGAAAAGCAUGUUAUAAAAAAAGACUAAA